AUGGGAAUAAAAUCUUGGUUCCACAAGCGGAAGUCUGAUGGCAACGAUGCGGCGGUGGACAAGGAGGCUGCGGUUCAUGACGGGGGCCCCCCUCCCCCACCCCGAGUGCCUGUCCCACUGCGCAAGAAUCCGCUGAGCUAUCUGCUGUUCUCAUGGUUCACACCCCUCCUCUUGCUGGGCUGGCGGCGCCCCCUCCAGUUCGAGGACCUGUUCGUCAUCCCCGAGGAGCUCACCACGGCGGCCGUCUUCCCGCCCUACACCGCCGGCUGGAAUCGGCUGGUCCGCGAGGCACGAGACGGCGGGCCCAAGGGUCAGCGCCGGCUCGAGGACUCACGGCUGGGGCGCAGCACGGCCUUCAUGCUCACCAACUUCAUCCGCCUGCACUGGGUGCGGGUCAGCGUCGCGCUCAGCAUCCAGCUGCUCUAUUCUGCUACCACAUUCGCUGGCCCGCUGCUGCUGAACAAGAUCGUGCGCUUCCUGCAGACCCCCGAGGCGCUGCAGGAUGCAGAGGGCCUGAAGCAGGCAUACCUGUACGCCAUGGGCAUGUUCCUGGCGCCUGUCGUCGGCACGCUCAUCAAUGGCAUGGCCAAUCGAGUCAGUAUCGGCACCCAGGUCAUCAUCCGCGCGGAGCUGAAUGCUGCCAUCUACGCCAAGGCCCUGCGCCUGAGCAACAGAGCCCGCCAGCAGUCUGACACUGGGCGCAUCGUCAAUCUGAUGUCGGCUGAUGUGAACCAGCUGCAGAUGUUCUUCUACCCCUACGUCCAGCAGCUGGUCACGGGCCCCGCCACCAUCAUUGCGGCCCUGGUCCUGCUCUGGUUCCAGAUCAGCUGGACCACCUUCAUCGGUCUUGCCAUCCUCCUGGUUUCCACCCCGCUCACUGGCAUCUUUGUGGCCAAGCUGUCUGCCUACCGCCGCGAGAUGCUCAAGUACACUGACAAGAGAGUGAAGCUGAUGAAUCAGCUGCUCGUCGGCAUCAGGGUGCUCAAGAUGUAUGCCUGGGAGGCGGCUCAGGAGGCUGCGAUCAUGGAGGUGAGGAAGGACGAGCUUUGGCAGCUGCGCAAGGCCAUCCCCUACCGCGCGGCCAUGCAGUGUCUGCUCUUCUCCGCCCCCGCCCUUGCCAUGGUCGCCUGCUUCUCUGCGUAUGGCGCCACAUCGCCCGACGGCUUCACGCCCGCGGCCAUCUUUACCAGCAUUGCACUGUUCGGGCUCAUGCGCUUCCCCCUCAUCUUCUUGCCGUUUGCGCUGGUCCAGCUGGCCAACGCAUUCGUGUCCAUUCGGCGGCUCACCGUCUUCUUCAUGUCCGAGGACCGCAUCGAGCAUGUGGAGGAGUUGGAUCGCCCCGGCAUCGAGGUGGAAGACGCGUCCUUCUUCUGGGCGGAGCCUCCGCCUCGCGUUGAGAUCGAGCAGGGCAAGAAGAAGAAGAAGGGGAGGAAGGACAAGAACGGGAAGGGCAAUGCACCAGUAAAGGGCGCCAAUGGCUUGGCCAAGGAGUCUGCACAAUCCGCUGACGGCGGGUUGGGCGCUAGCAGCGAAUCCUCCGCCCCCGACUCGGGGGCAGCCACGCCCGUGGUGACCAAAGGCCAGCCUCUGCCCGCCACCGACCUGGUUGUGGAUGGCAUCCUGGUCCCUGCCAAGCCGGCCGAGGGGGAAGAGGCAGCCAACAGGGGCCAGAAGGACGCUCUGUUCUGGCUGCGGAACAUCUCCCUCCAGAUCAAGCCUGGGGAGUUGGUCUGCUGCGUUGGACGCGUGGGCAUGGGCAAGUCGUCCCUGGUGCAGGCCAUCCUUGGGGAGAUGGACAAGGAGACAGGGCAUGUCAGGGUGGGUGGCUCGAUGGCAUAUGUUGCGCAGCAGGCCUGGAUCAUUAACGCCUCUGUCAAGGAGAAUGUGUCUUUUGGAAAGGAGUGGGACGAGGCCAAGUGGAAUGCUACCGUGGAGGCAUGCUGCCUGUCCCAAGACCUGGAGACGCUGCCAGGAGGCGCAGACACGGAGAUCGGGGAGAAGGGGAUCAAUCUUUCAGGCGGGCAGAAGCAGCGUGUCUCGCUGGCAAGGGCCAUGUAUCAGGACGCUGAUGUCUACAUCAUGGAUGACCCCCUGUCGGCGGUGGACGUCCAUGUGGGCCGCCACAUCUUUGAGAACCUUAUCACGGGAGCCCUCAAGGGCAAGACGCGGCUGCUGGUGACCAACCAGCUGCAGUACUGCCACCAUGCCGACCAGAUCAUUGUGGUGGACGAGGGCCAGGUGGUGGUGCAGGGCACCUACGAGACCUGCAUGGCGCACCCCACUUUUGCUGGGCUGGUGCGGGAGCACGCUGCUGAGGCGGGGGCUGAUGAGGAGGCCCCCGAGCCCGCCCCCUUUGCCAAGAAGGGAAGUGGGGAGCUUGUGAUGCGCGCUGUCUCUCGCGGUGAGGUGGCGCUGCAGGAGGUGUUGGAGGAGGUGGAGGGGACGCCGGAGGACGCUAUCGACGGCCCUCCGCAUGGCCAGGCCACGAAGCCUGCCGUCACCGGCAGCAUGCUGGUCCGGCCCUCCAAGGGCUCCAGCUCCUCUGCCACAAAGAAGCACGACGUCAAGGCCCCCAUGCCUGGCGCGCUGAUGGUGGUGGAGGACAAGGAAGAGGGGCAGGUGGCGUGGAGCGUCUACUGGCGCUACAUCACCUGCUAUGGGCGCUGGGCGGCCCUGGCCCUGCUGGUGUUUUGGAGCGGGGAGGAGACCACGAGCGUGCUGACCAACUGGUGGCUGAGCAAGUGGAGCACCGCUGAAACCCUGAAUGCGGUCCAAGUGCAAGCUGGCAUUCCCUCCGACUUCAGCCGCAUCAGCUACAUUGGCGGCUACCUGGGCUUCGCCUUUGCUUACGUCAUCCUGGUCACCCUGCGCACUAUUGCCAACCUGGCUAGCUCCCUGACCGCCUCCCGACUCAUCCAUGAGCGGAGUCUGUUGUCACUGGACAGGUCCCCCGUCACAUUCUUCGACACCACCCCCAUUGGCCGCAUCCUGAAUCGGUUUUCCAAGGAUACGGGAGACAUGGACUUCAUGCUGUCCAUGUCCCUGUCACAGCUGGGAACGUGUGUGAUGAACCUGCUGGGAACAAUCAUCUUCAUCGCGGUCAUCCAGCCCUGGAUCCUGGUGGGCAUAGCGCCCCUGACCAUUGUCUACUACUUCAUCCAGAAGUUUUACAGGCGCUCGUACAUCGAAUUUCAGAGGCAGGACGCCACCUCCCGCUCACCCAUCUACGCCCACUUCUCGGAGACGCUGUCUGGCGUGGACACCAUCCGGGCCUACCGUCUCAGCGACGCCUUUGCAGCCGACAGCCAGGGGCGGGUGGAUGCGAAUCAUAGGGCAUACUGGUGCCUCAGCAUGGCCAACGAGUGGCUCAGUCUGCGUUUGGACUUCAUGGGCGCCAUCAUUGUGUUCCUGGUGGCCAUUCUGUCCAUUGUCAACCGAAAUUCCAUCAAUGUGGCCCUCAUGGCGCUGACGCUGAGCCAGGCGCUCAGCGUCACCCAGUUCCUGAAGGUGGUGGUCACCACCGCCGCCCAGUUCGAGAGCAGGUUUAACUCUGUGGAGCGCCUGUUUGCGUACUGGGACCUGCCCCAGGAGGCGCCUGCCUACCUGCCUGGGAAAGAGGCCCCUGAUGCCUGGCCGGACAAGGGCGCGCUGCAGUAUACCGAUGUGUGGAUGCGGUACCGCGCAGAGCUGGGCCCCGUGCUCAAGGGUGUGACGUUCUUUGUGGCGCCCGGCGAGAAGGUGGGCAUUGUCGGCCGCACCGGCAGCGGCAAGUCCAGCCUGAUUGUCUCCCUCUUCAGGCUGGUGGAGCCGUACCAGGGCUCAAUUGCGCUGGACGGCAUCGAUCUUCUGUCCCUGGGACUGAAUGAUGUCCGCUCCCGCAUCGCUGUCAUCCCUCAGGACCCGGUGCUGUUCAGCGGCAGCGUGCGUGCCAACCUGGACCCGUACGACCGCUACACCGAUGCUGAGGUGUGGGAGGCCCUGACCCAUGUGGCGAUGCGUGGUCCUGUGGCGGCACUGCCCGAGGGCUUGUCGGCACGCGUUGCCGAGGGCGGCGACAAUUUCUCCGUCGGCCAGCGCCAGCUCUUCUGUGUGGCCCGCGCUUUGCUGCGCGAGCCUCAGGUGCUGGUGGCGGACGAGGCGACGGCCUCAGUGGACUCCGAGACAGACACACUCAUCCAGCAGACCAUCCGCCGCGAAUUCCGGCACUGCACCGUGCUCACCAUCGCGCACCGCAUCAACACCAUCCUGGAUGCCACCAAGGUGUUGGUGAUGGAGGACGGCAAGGUGGCAGAGUAUGACACUGUGGCCCACCUCAUGUCGCGUGGCACCUCGUCUUUCAGGGCCAUGGCUCAGGAGGCCGGGGUGGGAAGCAAGUACCGGCUGGACCCUGGUCCGGAGUGA